AUGCAUUUUACACUCCCACUCUUAGCUUUGUUGUGUGUCUUCCAGGCUGUUGUGGCUUUACCUACCCGAUCUUCUGGUCUUGAUACUGCCGCUGAUUUGAGUCGUCGAGCUGGAAGUGAGCAGGUUGUUGCGGGUGGCAACGUCAAGGAGAAAUCUAUUGAACAAAAGUGUUUUGGCGGUAUCAACAAUAUUUGGGGAGGCAAUUUUCCAUUCACUUACAAUUACUAUAACAGCCUUAUGUAUCAAAAUGGGUUCUCCGGUCUUUGUAACUCUUACUUUGGGGGUGGUUUCCAAUGGGGUACCUGCGGUUCGUACUUAGGAUGCCCAGGUGCCGUCAACACAUUUUACAACUCCUACCUCAGUGGAUUCAACGGUCUUGGCGGCCCUUCCAUAUUCGGCUUGAAUGACAAGGACUUGAAAUCAGACAAGAAUGCUGUUUGA